ACUCCUCUUAACUGGAUUUCAGAAUGAACUCAAGCCAAGCUCAGAUAGUGGAUAAUACCCCUCUUUGCUAUGAAUUCUUAAACAGAUCUUGUCCAAAGCUUGUCUAUCCUCUGUUUCUGAGAGUGCCACUUUACUUGUUCUUCAGCUCAGUGGUGAUUUUAACAGUGUUGGGAAACCUGUUUGUUAUCAUAACCAUUUUUCAUUUUAAGCAGCUUCACAUGCCAACUAAUUACCUUGUUCUGUCUCUGGCUGUAACUGAUCUGCUGCUGGGUGUCAUUUAUAUGCCUCCAUGUAUGGUACAAUCUGUGGAAACCUGCUGGUAUUUGGGUCAUCUAUUCUACAGAUAUUAUGCUGUGUGUCACCCUUUACUGUAUCACAAUAAAAUCACCUCCUUUGUCACAUUUAUCAUGAUUAUCAUCUGCUGGAGUGUCGCAACUGUAGUUGGGUUUGGAAUAAUAUUUCUGGAGAUCAACCUUCUGGGUGUUGAAAAGUUUUAUCAUGAGCAUGUUGCAUGUGAAGGAGGUUGUGUGAUGUUUCAAAGCACAACUUCGAGCACUUCUUCCUCCUUGUUUUCCUUUUAUAUCCCAGGUAUUGUGAUGCUCAGUAUAUAUAUAAAGAUUUUUCGUGUUGCUCAAAAGCAAGCAAAAUCUAUUCAGGACUCAAAAUGUAAAAAUACAGAAUCAGUGUUGAGCAAAGAGGAGAAAAAAGCCACCAAAACUCUAGCUGUGAUUUUAGGCGUGUUUCUGUCACUUUGGAUGCCGUUUUUUAUCUGCAACAUCCUCAAUCCUUUUACUGGCUACUUAAUUCCACCCAUAUUUUUUGAUAUGCUGGCUUGGAGUGGACUUAUGAAUUCAACCUGCAACCCUAUUGUGAAUGCUUUCUUUUAUAUGUAG